AUCUUUGUAGCAUAAAUGGGAAGCAGAAUCCCAAUCCACUUGUAUUAGGAUCAGAUCAGUUCAGCCAUUCCUUGUUCUUCUGCAGCGUCAUGUUUCUUCCUUGUAUAGUAGUGUUUGUUGCAGCUGCAUUAACUGCAUCUUAUAUAUUAUUAUUAGUGGCGGCAGCAACUCAAUGAUUGUUAAUGGAGGAAAGGCUUCCUUGUCUUCCCUUCCACUUGCAUCUCUCGUGCACCAUGUUUGGCGCCUGUUUGAUUCACUAUUUUUCAGAAGGCUACUGUUUGAAACCAAGUCGUCAAAUACCAUCUUUUGAAGGCAUAUAUGGAUUCAAACACAUCGGGCUACUUUCUGAACCACACAACUCUUCAUCAGUCGUCAGUUUACUAUCAAGAAAAGGAGGACGAUGGUUUAAUUGACUUGGGACUCAGUCUGAGAGCCUUGCAGCCUGAAGCUUAUCAUCCUUCUGUCCACGAUGAUUACGGCGGUCUGAUAGAGUGGUCGGAGCUGAACCCGGAGCCGAGGCAAGGAAGAAUUGCGUAUCCCGGAAGCAUGAGGCAGCAGCUGGAUUGUGAAGAUCAUCAUCAUGACAAGGGAGAGGCCGGAGCUCAGAGCCAAGAGCGGUGGGCUUACGUGAAAGUGAACAUGGAUGGAGUAAUCGUCGGGCGGAAAAUAUGCAUUCUUCAGCAUAUGGGCUACUCUUCCCUCGCCCUUCAGCUUGAAGACAUGUUUGGUCAACAAUGCUUGUCAGGGUUAAGGUUAUUUCAGGCUGGGUCGGAGUUUUCUCUCUUCUACAAGGAUAGAGACGAAAACUGGAGGACAGUGGGCGAUGUCCCUUGGAAGGAGUUCGUUGAUCGGGUGAAGCGGCUUAGGAUUGCACGCAAGAAUGAGGCUCUCUCAUUCCCUAGCUAAUAUUGCAAUAUUCAUCUCUUUCUUCACCUAGUUUUUCUAGUGAAUUGCUAUGUUCUCACUCUUUUAAGGUCAAUUGAUGUGAUGAAUUAUAUCAAUCUUAAUUCAUUCACAUCAUAUACUAAAUACGAUUAUAUUGUAACUCAACAAUAUGUAUGUACUCAUCAAUUAAGAAUUACACAAAUUAGCUAUUAAUUAAAAUGUCAUCAAGGCACGAUACUUCUCAUUGUGAGGAAAGC